CCGGUUUUGGCUACUCUCCAAGGAGGAGUCCCGCCAGCGAACGAGGUGUACCACAGGCAAUCCUGAGUGCUGACUUAGUACAUUCGACGUUGAUCAGAAAGUCGACCGACAUGGCCACAAAUUGGAUCCCUGUGUUGGGUGCCGUACUUCUAGUGGCACUAGCAGUUGAGGCGAUAGGAGAGAACAGCAUUGCCUGUAACAUGAGGUUUUCUGAUGUCUCUCUCUCAGUAAAGGAUGGUGAAAACAUUUGUCCGUUUCACCCGAUUACUCUUCGCUGUGUCGUAAACACUACUGUGAGCCAGGAACCAUCUCCCUUUCUCUCGUGGAAGUGUACUGCCGCAAGUGCCGACAAUUUCUUAAUCUGCAGCGAUAUCGUCACCUUCAACUGUGCCUUUGGGAAGGUGGAUAAUAUAAUUGGAUCAUGCGACUGUGGAGGCUCGAUCAUAGUGUCCGAAGCCACAUUCACUCCCAGUUCUACUGACGCCAGAACAAUCAUUUGCAGUGAUGGAGCACACGAAGAAGAAAUACCUGUUGUUCCAAGAGAUUUGCACACGCCUGUCCUCAACUAUACCGUGAUAUCUGGUGACAAGAGAGCUCGAAAUGUGACCAUCCAGUGGGCUACUCCUGACAGUGCCAUAGCAGACAUGGAAUACGUCUUGUCUAUGACAAAUAUUUCGUACUCUCAAUCUUGGACCAUCCGUGCAACACAUCUGAAUCUGACUCUCCACCAAGGCAUUCAUUAUGACUUUACUGUCACUUCUCAGCGAUGUGGAGGGAAUCUUACGAGCAAGUCUAGUAGCCCUCUUCGUGUAUUUUUUGAAGUUGCUGAUACACCAGGUCUCCAACCAGGAUCCAGUCCCACUACUGCUACAUCUAAAAAGUCAGCCCCUGUUGCAGUCGUUUUGGGUGGAGUUUUUGGUGUUAUAGCUUCUCUCUGUGUGGUGGUGUCAGCUAUUAUCGCAGUGGUAAGUUAACAACGAUGAUAAGAGAAUUUACUCUUUCUCAACCUGUGUAGAUUUGCUUCUGGAAGGAAAAGAAAACAAGUGGAAGUUGUGCAGGGUAACUUACAUCCUAGAAAUGUUUUGGGAGAAGGAUUGAAGCAAACAGAGGCUGCACAGUUAAAAAGACAAGAUAUUGGAAAUACACAAAAAUCUGGUAUUGGUGCACUUUAUGUUGACGGACAGGCAAUUUACUACUCGAGCCAUGAAACAUUUUCCAGUGAUGCACAAGCUCAAUAUACGCUGCAUAAGUGUCACAUGGACGGAAGGAACAUUGCCACUAUUGUGGGGUUUCAUCACAUUCGCGGGAUUGGAAGGGAUAAAUCUGGCAAUACCUACGUAGUAGACAGUUUGAACUCCCGAGUUAUUAAAUUUGACAGCAGCUUUAUUCCUACUCGCAAGACGACAUCAAUUCGUGAGCCAUUCGGAAUUCAUGUGACAAACGGUUAUGUCUUCAUAUGUGACAACAGAAAGAACAAGAUGUCUAUUCUAAACGACAAGCUGGAUCUCUGCUAUGAUAUUAAUUACAGGGGCUUACUCAUCGAUCCGACAGAUGUUACUGAGCUGGAUGGUACAUAUUUCGUAACCACGUACACUGCAAUCGUAGCUAUUGAUGUCGAAUUUGAAGAACAGAGCUAUAGAGCACGGAAAAUCGAGGCAUUCACGAUUGAUGGUGAAGAGGAAGCCUUUAGCGUUGACAAGGAACUGCGUGGGAUAUGCGCUGACCACCAAUUCCUUUAUGUCGUAGAAUCCAACAGCCGUCUGUUGCGUUUAGAGUAUGACAGCUUAAGCGGCCAGUUGACAUAUGCAGGCUCACUCGGGGAUAUCUCACCUGUUGUCGUGUCUUGCCACGAUGGAGAGGUAUACUUCAGUCGGAUCGCCCAAGACAGUAGGUGUUAUAUCUCUAAAGUUACCACAAAUGGUAACGGUGAACUAUUAGGUUACAUAGACCUUUUCAGAGUAUAAUUUUCUAAGUUUUCAAACUGUAGUUUUGUAUCACUAGUAGCUACAUGGCAAAAAGCCAAAUUCACAUCUUUCUAGGUUUUGGUAGUUCAGGAGCACCGGAAGUUGUAUAGCACUUGUUGCUCUCCAUUGAUAUGUCUUGUACUCGUAGUAAGAUGCAUGACUCUCUUGCAUUUCACUUUGGCCCUUUCUCUUUGAACGCCACACAAUCAUCACGAU